UUCAUUCAGUACACGCUAUGUUCCUGUAAAGAGCGAAAGCAUCCGAAUCAUUCGCGAUUCAAUUUGACUAUGUGCGUAACAAUGGUGAGCAAGAAAGUCCACGUGUCAAACGACGAUGCCAAUUUUGAAAAAUUGAUGUUACGAAAAAAUAUCGAUUGGAGGAACGAAAAAGAGAGAGAUGAUCUUUACAAUGGACUUUGCAAGUAUAUUCCAUCUCGCGAGGGCCAACUACCUGAACUGCGAGACAUUUUUAGUCGCGUAGAAAUUGACUGGCUUCUUACAAUGGAUGUGAAGAACUCGCGCAAAUCUUUGCGUAGAAAAGCUCCGAUCAUCGACUGGGCGAUCAGGACCGGCUACAAGGACGAGCCCGACCGUGACAAAUACGGCAAGCCAUGGUCACACGGUACCACGCCGGUGCAUCAUGCGGCUUCUUCUUUUUAUCUAUGGCCUUGCGACGAAUGUGAAAAUGCAGACGCGGUGCGCGAUUACCUCAAGAUCGUCGAUUCUCUGUUCCAAAUAUACGACAGGUUCGACGUGAAUUACACCGACGAGUCCGGCUUUACGCACUUGCACGCGGCCUGCAAGUCGGGAAAUUACGAGGUAGUGAAGCGCUUCCUCGAGAACGGCCAGGAUCCGAAUUGCAUCGCGCUCGAAGAAAACGAUAAAACACCGCUUCACGCCGCCGUGGCCUGGGGUCACAAGAAGAUCACGGAACUGCUGCUGACAAAAGGCGCCAAUCCAAAUGCAGCCAAUGCAAAAGGAAUGACUCCUCUGCACAUCAUCGGCAUGAGACGAGUCGACGAUGACUUGGCGGAGGUGUUUUUGCGUACCUGCGACAAGAUCAACUCGAAGGUGAGGGUCAACGCCAGGGAUAAGUCGCUUAAUACGCCACUGCUCUUGGCUAUGCUCUGGAGCAACAACAAGACGUUCGAAACCAUACUGAGAUAUGGCGGCAAUCCAAAUUUGGUUAACGAGAAUAAAGAGACUCUUCUGCACCUCAUCUGUAAAGAUCGUCGCAACUACACCGCGGACAUUAAAAAAAAAUUGAAGGUUGCGAACUUGGUGAGGAUUUUAUUUAAAACCUGCCACGACGUCGGCAAGAACGUGCUCGUUAAUGCUCAAGACCAGCUUGGUAAUACACCUCUGCACGAGGCCCUGAACAACGGCUUGUCGAGCACAGUCGAAUUACUGCUGAAAGUAGGUUCCGAUCCUUGUGUAGUCAACGCCGAGGGAUUGACUCCUCUGCACAUCGCGUGCGAGAGCGAUUACUUCGGCGGACACGCGAUCGAUAAGUUUUUCGAACUCAUCGGCCAGAAUCGAGUACGAGUCGAUGUUCGGGACAAGUUUGGCAACACGCCGCUGCACGUGGCUUUCGACAAGAAGAAUGAAAAAAUGGUCGUAAACCUGCUGAAAUUGGGUUUCGAUCCUUACGUGGCCAAUGCCGAGGGAUCGACUCCUCUGCAGAUCGCAUGCAAGAACGGUUACUUUGGCACGGUCUCGAUCGAUGAGUUUUCCAAGCUCAGCGCGAUACACGAGGCACGGCACGUCAAUGCUCCGGAUAAGUCGGGCAAAACGCCGCUACACCAUACUCUGGACUCGCUCGUUGACGCCCUUCUCAGCAACCGGCUCGGCGACUAUCGACGCUUCAAGGACGCACUCGUAUUUCUUCUGAAUCGAGGCGCGGAUCCGAAUUUGGCCAACCAGAACAAAGAGACUCUUCUGCACCUCAUCUGUAAAAAUCGUCGCAACUUGAUCGCGGACGAUGAAAAAAAAUUGGAGUUGGCGAACUUGGUGAGGAUUUUAUUUAAAACCUGCCACGAUGUCGGCAAGAAGGUGCUUGUCAAUGCUCAAGACAAGCGGGGCAAUACACCUCUGCACGAGGCCCUGAACAACUGCAUGUCGAGCACAGUCGAAGUACUGCUGAGCAGUGGUGCGAAUCCAAAUAUAGCCAAUCGAGAGAAAUUCACUCCUCUGCACUUUCUUUGCAUGAAACCCGACGACGUUAUGUUUACGUUUACGUUGUUCGAGGCUUACUGUCACAACGAAUAUCAUCCGCUGCAGGUCAAUGCUCAGGAGAAGUCCGGUGACACGCCGCUGCACUUCGCGCUGGAAAAAAAAUGUCCACACUUGGUCAGAUGGCUGAUGAGAAACGGUUCUGAUCCUGGUAUAGCCAAUGCCGAAGGAUUGACUCCUCUCCACACCGCGUGCAAGAAUUAUUUCUUCGGCGGAUUCUCAAUCCAUGAGUUUUUCACGCUCGGCGCACAUCAAAUACGAAUCAAUGCUCAGGACGAAUUGGGCAAUACACCGCUACACUACGCUGUGGAGUAUAUCCUCUUUCAAGCCCUAGUCCUGCGUGGCACGGUGCAGUCUGGCGUGAAGGACGUAGUCGAAUUUCUUCUGAAGAACGGCGCGGAUCCACAUUUGGCCAACAAGAAGAAACAGACUCCUCUGCAACGUAUUAGCCAAUAUCAGUGCGAUGGCAAAAUCUCGAGCGAGGUGCUAAGCUGGGCGACGAUGUUAGUCGAGACCAGCGACGAAAAAAAUCAGCCGCUGCAGGUCAAUGCCCAGGACGAUGAGGGUAAUACACCAUUGUGUAAGACUCUAUGGAAUACUCCUAGGAAGAGGUGCGGAUCCGAUGGCGAAUUUGGCCAAGACCAGGGGAUUGACUCCUUUGCACACUAUUUGCCUAAGAGGCAAAAAGACGGAUUGGUAAAUGUAUUCUUAAGAAUAAACAACAAUUUAAAUCAGAGGAUGCAGGUAGAUGCCGUAGACAAGUUAGAUAGAAAACCGCUAUGGGCCAUACAAAGUUGAUGCAGAGUCUGCGGAAAAACGGCGUCAAACCAAUUAAAAACAGUGCGGAUGAAUAACCUUCUUUGUUCGUCAUUUGUAUAUUAUUAGUGCUAGGAAACGAAAAGUCAAAUAGACUAUGUAUCAAAGUUAGGGACAUAAGUUAGAAAAUGAUAUUUAAUUUUUAAAAAUAAUGGAUUGAAAAGUUUUAAUAAUGUAAAUACAUAUUUUUUAUGUAUAAA